GGGCGGGCGGGCGGUCGGGCGGUCGGGGCGGGCGGCGGCCACCAUCUUCCCAAACAUGGCACUUCUCAAUUUAAGGCUGGACGCUGCGAUGGGAAAAAAGCAAACGAAGAAGAAAAUGGAAGAGGUUCUAGACGAAGAGGAGGAGGAGUACGUGGUGGAGAAGGUGUUGGACAGACGUAUAGUGAAAGGAAAGGUGGAAUACCUCCUGAAGUGGAAAGGCUUCUUGGAUGACGACAACACGUGGGAGCCCGAGGAGAACCUCGACUGCCCCGAUCUGAUUGCGGAAUUUUUACAGUCGCAGAAAAUAGCGCACGAUGGGGCAGACAAGAUCGAGGGGGCGAAACGGAAAGCAGAGUCUGACGUUGAGACGGAGGAGAAUAAAAGCAAGAAAAAGAAAGAGGAGCAGGAGAAGCCGAGGGGCUUUGCCCGAGGAUUGGAGCCAGAACGCAUCAUUGGUGCCACAGACUCCAGUGGAGAACUAAUGUUCCUCAUGAAGUGGAAAAACUCUGACGAAGCCGAUUUGGUGCCAGCGAAAGAAGCGAAUGUCAAAUGUCCUCAAGUCGUCAUCUCGUUUUAUGAGGAGCGUCUGACAUGGCAUUCUUACCCUUCGGAAGAGGAAGAGAAGAAAGAGGAGAAGUAACUGUGUGCAAGGGGGGGAUCAGCAACCUCCGGUGAUAUUUGCAAGACAAAAGAAAUCCAACUUUUCACAAGGUGGUUUGCAGUUGUACAGAUGUAUAGUUCACUGAUUGGGUGUAACUUUCUCAAGACUUUCUCGAGCCCAUAUCAUUCUUUCAGAUCGUGUUUUUUAAGCAGCAUGUUUCUUUCCAGGUUUUAUUUCUUUUUUUCUAAAAAAAAGAUUUUGGAUAACGCUGACAUAAUCUGGUGAAUCGUAAACAAUGUUACCUUAGGCUGUAGUGUAGGAUUUAAGCUCUUAAAGGGGGAAGGAGCUUAUAGGAAAAAAAUAUUGUUAAGUAGCUGCCACUUGACCCACAGUGGUUUGUAGCUCCAACUCAGUUUCUCUCGGGAGAGCAGGUCUGUCUCUAACUGCUGCCGGGUAGAAGCCAAUGGACUGGCAUUUUGUGGGAAGUGGGAUUCACACUGCAAAGUUAACGCCGAUCCCAGAUUGAUCUUUGAGACCGAGUACCAGAUGCAUUCAGGGAAUGCUAUGUCUGGUGUCCAUUGAGGAUAUCUCUCUUCACGUGGCAGCAGUUAGCCGGGCUCCACAGAGGAGCCCUUUUGAAGGGGAGGAUUGCUGGCUUGAGAGAGACUGCAGAUUGAAACAAAUUGGUGGGACGUGUGGGAUCAGAUCUUCUUCCAACCCCUUUAAGGGCACCUGGAUUUUGUACUUUAAUCUUCCAAAUAUCUAUCAGUUGUUGGGAGAUGCCGUAUCCUUUUUUGUAAGGCUUCAGCAGACUGCUUCCCACACUCUGAACACAAUGAACCUAUUAUUACGUGGCUGGUAUUCCAAACAGCUUGAAGUCGAGCAGAUAGUUGAGGCUACAGGGGAACAGAGGAAUCUACUGGUCCAAACACUGUAACCCCCAGAGCCGCUGAUUGACCUCUUGUGGCUUUCUGUGCAUUUAGUGUUUUUUUCUUAACUUAAUUUAUGCUAAUAUUCUCUCCUUUCUCUGUUAAUAUUACUGGGCAAUUUUGGCUACAGAUAAAACCUUCCUUUUCUCUUCUUCUCCGUAAACCCACGUCCCUCCCCUCCACAGCCUCAGGGCACUAGUGAGGAAUAGAGACAAGUUAUUCCCAUACAGGAACAGGGCAAGUUACUUUCACCAAGUAAAUGCCAAAAAUAUACAGACAUUCCACUUUACAGUUACAGUCCUGUGAAGC